AUCAUUUUUUUCCCAAAUAAAUCAUAAGACUCAUCAAAUUUGUAUGUUUUUUGUUUCUUAAAUUCAUUUCUGAUCAAACAGAGUGAAAGCAGAAGGGGGGGGGGAUGGGAGAUCAAUCAGCCAGAGGAGAAGAAUUCGAGAAAAACGCAGAGAAAAAGCUAAACAGCUGGGGCUUUUUUGGCUCCAAAUAUGAAGAUGCCGCCGAUCUCUUUGAGAAAGCUGCCAAUUUCUUCAAGCUCGCCAAAUCUUGGGACAGAGCUGGAUCAAUUUAUGUUAAGUUAGCAAAUUGUCAUUUGAAAUUAGAAAGCCACCAUGAAGCUGCUCAAGCGUAUGUUAGUGCUGCUCAUUGCUAUAAGAAAACAUCGCCAAAGGAGGCUAUAUCGUGCUUGCAGCAGGCAGUGAACAUGUUUUGUGAUAUUGGAAGGCUCAGUAUGGCUGCAAGGUAUUAUAAGGAAAUUGCCGAAUUAUAUGAAUCUGAACAAAACAUUGAACAGGCCAUGGAUUAUUAUGAAAAGGCUGCAGAUUUCUUCCUAAGUGAAGAAGUAUCUACUUCUGCCAAUCAGUGCAAGCAGAAAGUUGCACAAUUUGCUGCUCAGAUAGAACAAUACCAGAAAGCCAUCGAGAUCUAUGAAGAGAUAGCACGGCAGUCGGUUACCAAUAACUUGCUGAAGUAUGGAGUUAAAGGACAUCUUCUUAAUGCCGGCAUUUGUCAACUCUGCAAAGGCGAUGUUGUUGCAAUCACCAAUGCGUUAGAGCGAUAUCAGGAUCUGGAUCCAACUUUUUCUGAAACACGAGAGUGUAGAUUAUUAGCUGAUAUUGCUUCUGCUAUGGACGAGGAAGAUGUCACAAGGUUUACCGAUGCUCUCAAGGAAUUUGACAGCAUGACCCCGUUGGAUUCUUGGAGGACAACCCUUUUACUUCGGGUGAAGGAAAAGCUGAAAGCUAAAGAACUGGAGGAAGAUGAUCUUACCUGAAUUAGCUUCACGUCAUGACCGCCCUGCUUUUACCGGUAUUUUAACGGUGAUUACUUCGUAUUAAACCUGCGCCUGGUUAUACUGUUAUACUUGCUUAGAACUAUUGGUUUAGGAGAUUUUAUUUGUUUCGAUUUGAAUUUGAGACACGGUGCUGGUUAUUGGGUACAAAAUAUGUUUGUAACUGAAAUACAUAUGUUUCUAAAUAAAGUUGAAAUAAUUGAAUUCAA